AUGCGUAGAGACAAGGAUGCGAUUGCGUCCUCAGACUCAUUUAUAGAAAGAGAAGUGAAGAACAGCUUCAAGACGCCGCGGCCGAAAGCGCAGCAUGACGUUACAUGGAUUCAGGUGAAGAAGUACCUCAAGACCCGGUUGACAACGUUGUUCCCGACAAAAACAGAGCUCAAAGACAACUACCGAAAAUAUCCUUUGAACCCAUUCCCCGCGUUGGCAUGCAUGAAUGCUCAGCAGACGCAGUUUUUUGUUGUAGGGCUUCUGGCAUGGACUUGGGACGCCCUGGAUUUCUUUGCCGUUUCUUUGAACAUGUCAGGCAUCGCAAAAGACCUCGACAAACCUAUCAAGGACGUCACACAUGCCAUAACGCUAGUUCUGCUGCUAAGGGUCAUCGGAGCCGUCAUUUUUGGCUAUCUAGGCGACAGAUUUGGCCGAAAACUUCCUUACUGCAUAUCAAUGGCACUCAUUAUCGUGAUCCAAAUAGCCACCGGUUUUGUAAAGACUUUCCCGGCAUUUUUGGGCUGCCGCGCACUUUUCGGCAUUGUGAUGGGAUCCAUUUACGGUGUAGCCAGUGCCACAUCGUUGGAGAACGCCCCAGAAGAAGCCAAGUCCAUUUUGUCGGGUAUUUUCCAAGAAGGUUACGCUCUGGGGUAUCUUUUGGGCGUUGUGUUUAAGAGGGCCAUCGUGGACAAUUCCCCUCACGGUUGGAGAGCCUUCUUCUGGUUCAGUGCUGGUCCACCUGUAUUAUUCAUCGUUUGGAGACUGUUACUGCCAGAGUCACAAGAGUUUGCUAAGCGGAAGGCUCUAACCUCAGCCAAUGAGCCAAAUGCAGAUCAAGUACACAGCUCCCCAAAAUCGACCGACAGGUUUUGGUCAAAUGCCAAAGCGGCUAUAAUUCAUCACUGGAUUACAAUGGUGUAUCUGGUUAUCCUCAUGGCGAUGUUUAAUUUCUCGUCCCACGGCUCCCAGGACCUAUUCCCCACCAUGCUCACAAACCAGUACGACUAUUCUGAAAAUGCGUCUACUGUCACCAACUCGGUUGCCAAUAUUGGCGCUUUGGUUGGAGGAAUCAUAGUAGCGCAUGCUUCCAGCUUCAUAGGACGCAGAUGCGCCAUAUUCCUGUGUUGUAUCGGUGGAGGGGCUCUGCUUUAUCCGUGGGGUUUUGUUUCGAGCCCUCGAGGGCUCAACCCAGCAGUAUUCUUCUUACAAUUCUUUGUUCAGGGCGCCUGGGGGGUAGUGCCAAUUCACCUAACUGAGCUUUCACCGGUCGAGUUUCGCGCUUUUGUAACGGGAGUUGCCUAUCAAAUGGGUAAUAUGAUCAGCAGUGCUUCUUCAACCAUCGAAGCUACCAUUGGUGAGCGCUUCCCCAUCGAAGGAAAAGAAGACGCAUUCGAAUAUGGAAAGGUUAUGUGCAUAUUCAUGGGUUGCGUGUUUGCAGGCUUACUGGUAACUACUGUGCUUGGACCGGAAAACAAAGGCGGGCAAGUGGUAGUCGACGAACAGGUUCUUCAUUCUCGUGGCUCCCUCGAAAACCGCCAAGACGACCUCCAUCACUUCAGACACCGCGGAUCACUCGACUCAUCACAUUCUGCUUUUAAACCUACAGUUGAGUACAUAGCCAGAGUUGAUGCACCAAGCAAUCAAACUCCUGUAUAG